ACGCUUGCUGAAAUUGGGGAGGAGCCCAAAGGGAUUGUGGGUAAAGGGCUUUUUCCUUUCCAUCUGGCGGCAGCCAUCAGGUAAGCCAAAAUGGGCGCUUACAAAUAUAUCCAGGAACUAUGGAGGAAGAAGCAGUCCGAUGUGAUGCGCUUUCUUCUCAGGGUGCGCUGCUGGCAGUAUCGCCAGCUGUCAGCCCUCCACAGGGCACCCCGCCCCACUCGGCCCGAUAAAGCGCGAAGACUGGGAUACAAAGCCAAGCAAGGUUAUGUCAUAUAUCGGAUUCGUGUGCGCCGUGGUGGCCGCAAACGCCCAGUUCCAAAGGGUGCAACCUAUGGCAAGCCUGUCCACCAUGGUGUAAAUCAGCUGAAGUUUGCGAGAAGCCUUCAGUCUGUUGCUGAAGAGCGAGCUGGGCGCCACUGUGGAGCUCUAAGAGUCCUGAAUUCUUACUGGGUUGGUGAAGAUUCUACAUACAAAUUUUUUGAGGUUAUCCUCAUUGAUCCAUUCCAUAAAGCUAUCAGAAGAAAUCCUGACACCCAGUGGAUCACUAAACCGGUCCACAAGCACAGGGAGAUGCGGGGGCUGACAUCUGCAGGCCGCAAGAGCCGUGGUCUUGGAAAGGGCCACAAGUUCCAUCAUACUAUUGGUGGUUCUCGCCGUGCAGCUUGGAGAAGGCGCAAUACUCUCCAGCUCCACCGCUACCGCUAAUAAGUAAUGCUUGUGAAAUUCUUACCUAAUAAACAAUUUAGGACAGUUAUGUCUGCUUUAAAGUGUUCUUUAAUUUGUUAAAAUUAAUGUCUGCAGAUUGUUUCAUGAAUGCAUUGUCAAAUUAUGAGAGUUAAAGUGCAAUAAUGUUCGAAGGCUAUAAGUGAUAGUGUGUCUUGUUUCUAAUAAGAUAAAUGCUUUGCCUUUGCUUUAUCUUAUUAGGGAAUUAUAUGUCAGUGUUUAAAAUGCUGUUUGGUAUCAUAGGUGUAAAAUUUAAAAAGUGCAGACUAGCCCUAUAGCUUUCUUGGUGCAUGUGAUAAAACCUAUAACUUCAUUGGGGUAAUUCAGUGAUCUGCUGGUUUUCUCAAGUGGCUGUUUUUAGGAGAUGUUAAGGACAAAUUUAAGUUAGAUUUUGCUUGAAAUGUGAAUGUUAUCCUAAUGCUUUUUUGUGAUUAUGUGCAGGAAAAAAGUUAAGGGCCCACAUUUUUUAGUACAAUAUUCCAUUUAUAUACCUUGCACAUGUCUAGGAGAAUUGAAUAAACCUGCUGCAAGACCUGUUCUCAUAAGUGAAAUAAUCUGGUUAACCUAAACAAGUGUCUCCACAAUGCCAUUCAAGAUUCCUAAUGGAAUCCCAUAACUCCGUCGGGUAUGUAGGAUCCUGAAUUAAUAAUAUACACAAUGGUCAAUAAUAUUAAACUGCUGGGAAUUGACAUUUGGGAUUAUAAAUUAGUAAUGCUAUUGGUUGGGAAAUAGUGACCAUCACAUACUUUUCAAGUGCGAAGUUAAAAAACUCCACUUUGAUCAAAGUUAAGUGCUUAUCUGUCACACCACUAGGAAUCUGAAUCACUGUUGAGUCAGUCUUAAAAAUCAUCUUUGGUCAACUCACAUUGUCUACUCCCAUAAGGCUGCUAAGACCUAAGUCACAUUUUAGCUGUCAUCUACUGUUUCAGAUCUGUGUUUAUAGUUACUUUUCUCACCCCUGGUCAACAGCAAAAGUCCUUACCAUUCCACUAAUUUGAUAGGUCAGUUGCUUACCUUAACAUUGCACACCAUCAUUUUUGAAUUUGUUUCAUGUCUUCCAGCAGACUAGGCUGUUUCCAGGGUGAAUUUAAAGAGCAAUUACUCUAAUCCUUACUAAUUCUGAUUUUGCUGUUAAAUAAUUACUUUCAAAAUCUAACUGCAGCUUUUCUUUAGGUGUCUUAAAGUCAGGUUUUUAAAAAAAAAACGUAGGCUCAAAACUAAGUUCCACUCAAGUCUUAAACCAUAAUAUAUCUUAUUUCCAUUGUGUGUAGAGGUUGUUCAACUCAAGGAAUAAAUGUUUAUUAAACUAAAACAAA